AUGCCAACUGUCAGCGUCGCUCCGCCCCUUCCGUCCACCUGCUUCCAGGAGGAAGAGGAGGAAGAGGGAAAGCGGGGCUUCCCUUCUUCUGCACUAAGGCAUGGUAUUUCCCAAUGUUUCCCCAUCUUUUACCUGAGGGAAGAUCUCCCAGAUGAGGAAAACAAUCCUUCACCGUGGAUGGAGUCUGUCUGGGAUCACUGCUCAGUGAUGGAGAAGCAAGGCUCAGCUGGCCUCAAGUCCAGUAGAGGCUUUCUUAGUAUCCAGGGUGAGAACAGAGGAGCAUUAUUGGAAAGAAGAACCAUACAGAAAAAGUACAGGUCGGAGGCACAGACCCAUUGCUUCAGACAAUUCUCCUAUAAUGAGGCCGAUGGGCCCCGAGAGGUGUGCAGCCGCCUCCACUCUCUCUGCCGCCUGUGGCUGAAGCCUGAGGAACAUACAAAGGCGGAGAUGCUGGACCUGGUGAUCCUGGAGCAGUUCCUGAGCCUUCUGCCCCCAGAGAUGGGGAUCUGGGUCCAAGAGUGUGGGGCAGAGACCUGUUCCCAGGCGGUGGCCCUGGCGGAAGGCUUCCUUCUGAGUCGGGCAAAAGAGGGGAAACAGAAAGAGCGACAGGAGGUAUUUCUGAAAGAGAGUGCUAAAACUAUUACUUCCAUCUCGGCACAGGAAAUGCAAUGCAGGCAGAUCACACAGGAAGAGGAGAGAGAAACCACAUCAUUGGAACAUGGAAGACUUCCAAGGCCAAGAGGCAGUGGCUCCGAUCUUUGUUCUGAUGCUUCGAGAAUGGUUUCCGAGAGCCUGGAUCAGGUGACCUUUGAAGAAGUCACUGUGUCUUUCAGUGAGGAGGAGUGGGCUCUGCUGGAUCCGGACCAAAGGGCCCUCCAUGGGGACGUCAUGGCGGAGAAUGUGGCCAUUGUGGCUUCUCUGGGCAUUUGGCAAGAGAAGGAGAACGAAGGAGAAGGAAGGAUGCUUUUGCUACAAAGAGAUGAAUGUCAACAGAAGAAAGAGAAAGGAACCAAUACAGAUCAUCAGGAGGACACGAGGAACAAGGUCUCUGCUUCUCAGGCCUGGGAUAACUCUAGAAUCUCAUACAAAACGAAAGGAGGAGGGAAUGAUAGUAAUAAAUGCUUUUCUCUUGAAUACCUAAAGAACUUCAGUUGCGAAGAUAAGCUUAACCUUCUUGCAGAACGGAACCAGAAAAAGUGUGACUUUGUGGGGUGUGGAAAGAGCUUUAGGUGGCAGUCCCACUUCAUCUUGCAUCAGAGAAUCCACACAUGGGAGAAGCCCUUUGAAUGCUUGGAGUGCGGGAAGAGUUUCAGCUGGAAGAGGAGCUUCAUCCACCACCAGAGAACCCACACCGGGGAGAAGCCAUUCAGAUGCGUGGAGUGUGGGAAGGCAUUCAACCAGAAGACGGAUCUGGCCAACCACAAGGCCACCCACACAGGGGAGAAGCCGUUUCUGUGCCUGGAGUGCGGCAAAACCUUCAGCCGGAGAACUUAUCUCACCUCUCAUCAAAAAACACACUCCUGGGAGAAACCUUUUCAAUGCCUGGAAUGUGGGAAAGGCUUCAGCUGGAAGACGAACCUCCUUCGCCAUCAAGCAACGCACACGGAAGAGAAACCCUUUCCAUGCUUGGAGUGCGGGAAACUCUUUGCUCUAAAGACGGGUCUCCUUUCUCAUCAAGGAACUCACGCUAGCAAGAAACAUUUCAAAUGCCCCGAGUGUGGUCGCAGUUUCAGUCAGAAGAUACACCUUACUUUCCACCUCUCUACUCACACAGGGGAAAAUCCCUUCAAAUGCCUGGAAUGUGGAAAGACGUUCAGUUGGAAGAGAAGCCUCGUUUACCAUCAGUUGACUCACACGGGGGAGAAACCCUUUAAAUGCUUGGAGUGCGGAAGGCGAUUCAGCCAGAAGAUAAACCUCGCUCGUCAUGAGGCAACACACACGGGAGAGAAACCCUUUCAAUGCCUGGAGUGUGGAAAGAGCUUCCAUCAGAAGAUCAACCUCACUUGUCACCAAACAACGCACACCGGAGAGAAGCCAUUUCCGUGCUCGGAGUGUGGGAAGAGCUUUACUCAGAAGAUAGACCUCACUUCUCACCAAGUGACACACACAAGGGAAAAGCCAUUCAAAUGCUUGGUGUGUGGAAAGAGCUUCAGCUGGAAGAAAAGCCUCACUUGUCACCAAGCCACACACAUGGCAGAGAAACCCUUUAAAUGCUUUGAGUGUGGAAAGAGCUUCAGUUGGAAGAGGAGUCUUGUUCGUCAUCUGAUGACUCACACAACGGAGGAAACGUUUCAACCAUUUAAAUGCCUCAAGUGCGGAAAGGCCUUCAGUUGGAAGAGCAGCCUCCUUCGCCAUCAAGCAACCCACACAACGCAGAAAGGAUCGGAACCCCUCAAUCUGGAAAUAGUUUGAGUCAGGAACCAACACUUAUGAAAUAUGAAGGACCACACAGGAGAAACUGUUCAAAUGCUUGGAGUGUGGGAAAGGUUUUAGCCAGGACACAAAUCUCUGUCUCCCUCCAGGACUUUGUUGGGGAUUGUGGAUGAUAGAUGGAUGCUCUUAUAUGUGCCUGUGAGCCCAGAGACACCCUGCAGAAUGAUGCACCACUCAGCUUUGCAGAAAAAAUAACACAGGAACUUUUACUAAAUCCAAAAGAUCAACAGAACAAUGGUAUUUACAAUAGUCCUUCUGUUUACUUACAGAAAUCAGUUAUAGGCAGUCCGUUCUUAGUCCAUUAUUUAUUUAUUUGCAGUAUUUAUAUUCCACCCUUCUCACCCCGAAGGGGACUCAGGGCGGAUUAUAAUGAACAUAUAUAUGGCAAACAUUCAAUGCCAUAAGACAAACAACAUACAGUAUAGACACACAAAGAGGCAAUUUAACAUUUCCAGCUUCAUGAGGGUAUGCUCGAUUCCGGCCACAGGGGGAGCUGUGGCUUCCCCAUCCACUAGUGACACCGAUUACCCUACUUCCUCAUUCCUUUCCGUGUGCUGCUGCCAGUUUUAUUGUGUUGCAAAUUAGUUAAAUUAGCCUCCCGCAUAAAGCGUACCUAAAUUUCCUACUUGACAGAUGCAACUGUCUUUCGGGCUGCUCAGGUAAACAGCAAGCUGGGCUAUUUAAUAGUCAGGGGCUUAACCCAACCCGGGCUUCGAACUCAUGACCUCUCAGUCAGUAGUGAUUUAUUGCAGCUGGUUACUAGCCAGCUACACCACAGCCCAGCCUAUCGCCACAGCCCGAAGUCUGCUUCAGUGAACAUCAACAGCAAACAAGGCCUCAGAAAUAGUCAGGCCUCUCUGAGUACAGAGCCAUCUUCUUUCCAGCCAGUACUCAGAAGACACACACACACACAGAGAAACCUGUUCAGAAUGGUUCUCCAGCAGCAGGAUAGCAACAGUUACAAAAGCAAUUCCCCAGGUCCUUGCAAACUCAGCCAAUCGGCUCCAUGCAUUUGAUGUUCAAGUUAACACACAUAUAGUAUCUUUGCAAACCAUGACAGACUUUAUGGACGAGACAAAGAAUCUAAUCCAGGCAUGGACCUCCUUGGGCUCUCCCUCCAGGUGUUUUGGACUUCAACUCCCACAAUUCCUAAAACAAAAACAAGUUGCAUAUUUAUUACCAAAAAUGCCACAUGGUUUUUAAAUGUCUCAUUGAAAACAGCAUAAUAUGUUGGCUUGAUGAAGAAGUCACUAAAAUGUCACAGAUGAGAAAAUACUGCGUUUUGACAGUUGAAGUAUUAAAAUCACUGCAUAAUAAAUACUGUGGUAUGCACAUUUGUAUAAAUGUAUAUAAAUGCUGAAAAGCCUAUAUAAAAAUUGGGAUAUUCAGGUUUGAAUUAUA